AUGCAACCAUUACCACUCAGAGCUGCGAACGACCUUGUUAGACAGUUGCAUCGACCAGUUUACCGAAAUCAGAAAUUUAAAUUGUGGCUAGCUGGAUUUUCAAGAGGCAUACAAGAAAUGCACAGAAAAGCAUCGUUAGUUCUUGAAGAUGCAGUUAGAAAUAUAUACACUGUUGCUGCAUUUUGUGCCGGAAAUAAGGUAAUGGAGCUCUAUAGGCUGCAGUUAAAGAAAAUAUUUAAGCAGAGCUUUCUUCAUGGGAUGGGGAUUGGUUUUGCAUUUGGCUUUUCACAGUUUCUACUUUUUGCUUGUAAUGCCCUUCUACUUUGGUACACUGCAAUAUGUAUUAGGAAUGGUUACAUCAAUCCAUCCACUACACUGAGGGAGUACAUGGUUUUCUCCUUUGCCACAUUUGCCCUUGUGGAGCCUUUUGGAUUGGCUCCUUACAUACUUAAACGAUGGAAAUCCCUCAUAUCAGUGUUUGACAUUAUAGACCGUGAGCCUAAAAUUGAUCCUGACGAUAACAAAGCUUUGAAGCCACCCAAUGUAUAUGGAAGCAUCGAGUUAAAAAAAAAUAUCGAUUUUUGUUAUCCAUCACGUCCUGAAGUGUUAGUAUUGAGCAACUUUAGUCUGAAAAUGAAUGGAGGCCAAACAGUUGCUGUUGUUGGAGUUUCAGGGUCAGGAAAGAGCACUAUAAUAUCUUUGAUGCAAAGAUUUUAUGAUCCAGUUGCGGGCCAAGUUUUACUGGAUGGAAGGGAUUUAAAGCUCUAUAACUUGAGAUGGUUGAGGAGCCACCCCGGUCUGAUUCAGCAGGAACCUAUUAUCUUCUCAACAACCAUAAGGGAAAACAUUAUAUAUGCAAGACACAAUGCCAGUGAAGCUGAGAUGAAAGAAGCGGCAAGAAUAGCAAAUGCUCAUCAUUUUAUUAGCAGUUUGCCUCACGGUUAUGACACUCAUGUUGGGAUGAGAGGUGUUGACUUAACCCCAGGACAAAAACAGAGAAUCGCAAUUGCAAGAGUAGUACUAAAAAAUGCACCGUAA